GAAAAUUUGACAUUUGGUUGUGCGAAUUUUUUUACAUAACAUAACCUAACCUCGAAAUUUUGACAUUUGUUCUACUGCAAAUAGAGCAGAAAAUUUUAUUUCACGCACUAUCAGCGAAAGAAAUUAACAACAAUGGCCGGUGAAGCUGAAAAAUUAACUGGUUUGUCCAAAAUCUUCAAUGGUUCCACCACAGCUGGACGUGCUAAUGUCGGCAAGGCUACUUAUGCCGUUAUUGGCUUGAUCAUCGCCUACAACAUGAUGAAACCCAAGAAGAAGUAAAUUUGUUUGUUAUUUCCAAGCACUGUAAACAGAAGAGAACGUCGUUAACGAUCACACUUGCAAAUGGAAAAAAUUAAUUGUCUUCUUGCCUUUAUGGCCACCAGCCGGCCAAGAGGCUGAUUUGUUUUCAGCUUUUUUAACAUUUGCAUGCUUUGAAAGUUUCCUCGUUUUAAUUUAUUAAGUUUACAAUAGUUUUUUAUAUGAAAUAGUUGUGUGAUCUACUAAUUUUUCUGUGUAUUGUAAGUCGAACUACUUGUUGGGAGUGAUGGAAGAAAAUAAAGUAGUUUAAAAAACAAAAA